AGAGAGAGAGAGAGGGGAGUUGGUUAUGUCCGGCCCCAUGUGCUUCUUCGAUUUCAGAGUCUGUUAUAAAGAGGAAGCUAAAUUGAUUCGAUCAAUGCCAAUGGCGGUUCCUUCCUUUGCAGAGCAGACGUCUAUGCUCCAAGCAGAGGAGACGGCGGCCAUGGACGUGAGAGCUCUGCACAGAGCUCUGGAGUGGCUCAGGCCCUUCGUGGAGACAAUGGGGUGGGAGUACGUCGUCGUCUGGAAGCUCGGCGAUGACCCGUCUAGGUUCAUUGAGUGGGUUGGAUGUUGCUGCAGCGGGUUUAGGUGCGGUGAUGUGAAGGAGGAGAAGAAGGAAUCGUGCGGACACCUAGCUCCGCUCUGCAGGGACGGGUACUGUAAGCACUUGGUGCGGAGCAGAGCCUGUGAGGCGCUCUCUCAGCUCCCUUCUCUCAUGCCUCUCUACUCCGGGCUUCAUGGAGAAGUCGUGAUAUCAGAUGAACACAGAUGGAUCAGCCCUGCAGUCUCCUCGGAUUCAAACUCUUCGCCUGAAUCAGGGGGGACCCGGGUCUUGAUCCCCGUUGCCGGCGGCAUUGUCGAGCUGUUCAACGCCAAACAUAUAGCAGAAGAGCGUAAGAUCGUAGAGAUAAUCAAGAGCCAGUGCCUGUUCUUCUCCAAGCAAGAGUCCAUGAUGACAAGCCUCGACAGAUUGUUCCUUGAAAAUUACUCAAAGCACUCUGCAGUUCCAAUCUGUACGCCGAGUAUGGUCCAUUUACCCCAGUUUCUUGCCCCAAGGAUCCAGUCUAGUCCACACAACAACUCCAUCUAUGAGGGUUCGUCUAGCAGCUCGAACCUGUCAAGUGAGAACACGCCGAUCGCAUAUUUCGGGUGUAGCGAAUCUAGAGAUGUCCAGAAUUCCUUGAGGCCGCAGAAUAUCUCAGGCAGUGGCAUUAAGAGUAACAGCCGUGAAGCAGGUGGCAGGUCCCGAGAAGGACAGAAUGGGCCCUCGAAGAAUUUGCUAGCUGAGCAAAGGAGGAGGACACGGCUUAAGGAGAAGCUGUUCGCACUACGUGCUAUAGUCCCGAAGAUAUCCAAAAUGGACAUGGCUGCGAUUCUCAUAGAUGCAAUGGCCUACAUAGAGGAGCUGAAGGGGGAGAUGAAAAGCCUCCAGGACGAACUGAAGAAUAUGGAGGAAGAGGAAUGCCGACUGAAUAGCAGAGAAUCAAAGAUUCCGAAGUUGAAUGGAGAAAAUAAGUUCAGUAAGAACUCAUUUGCCGCCGAGGAUGAUCGAGAUUAUUUGUAUCUGGGCCUCCCAUACAAGAAAGAGGUCCAAGUUGAGGUGAAUCAAGUCGGGAAAGGAGCUCUUCUGGUCAGGUUAUUGUGCGAGAAGAGGGCUGGAUGGUUUUCGAGAUUGAUGGAGGCUCUGUGUUCUUCAGGACUCAUCAUUCUCGAUGCUAAUGUAACAACACUGAAGGAUAGGGCCCUGACAGUCCUCAGGCUUGAGGGACAGAAGGAUAUCUACCCCAAGAAAUUGAAGGACUCGUUGACAAAGAUUGCUAGCUCAUGAAUCUUCACGUCAAGUACACGAAAAUGGGGGAGCAAAUAAAAGGGCUGCACCACGGAAGAAGGAAGAUCAGGUCUCUUAUACAGGCAAUUUUACAGAGCACUUAUCGAAUUCAUCAGCGACAAACCGUGGCUUUCACUGAGUUUUAGAAUGCGUACUAUGACUCUUCUUCGUUUCCGCUGGAGCGAAGUCAUUUUGAUAUAGUUUUUGCUAAAGUCAGGUAACUAGUAACAACUUCAGCAUCUAAUACAAAAGAUAACAGAGCAGCUCCUUAAGACUGGUCUGUUGAAAUUGACAUGAUUUGUUUUCUUCUUCAACAAGUAUUCUAUAUUACAUCCCUUAGUUGGA